CACGAUCGACGCUGCCACGUCAAAAUCGCUCACGAAGCGAAUGAAGCAGCAAUUUCGGCAUUUUAUUGUGUGUCGUCUUCCGAGUAGGCUAGUGCAGGAUAUUAUAAUAAUCAGUCCAAAAUGCGUGUAAUACUAUUUUCACUAGCCAUAGCCUUCAUAGGUGUUGCGCUCGGAGACGAGGUUCAAACAGAAGACAAUGUAUUAGUUCUCACGAAAAGCAACUUCGACAGUAUUGUUUCUACAACAGAUUUCAUCUUGGUGGAAUUCUAUGCACCAUGGUGCGGCCAUUGCAAGUCUCUAGCGCCGGAAUACGCCAAGGCUGCAACAAAACUGGCGGAGGAAGAAUCUCCGAUCAAGUUGGCUAAGGUGGACGCCACGCAAGAGCAAGAUCUUGCUGAGAACUAUGGAGUUAGGGGCUACCCAACGCUCAAAUUCUUCAGAAAUGGCAGUCCUGUUGACUAUUCAGGUGGUCGGCAAGCUGAUGACAUUGUUGCCUGGUUGAAGAAGAAGACUGGUCCACCUGCCAUUGAGGUCACAUCUGCUGAGCAAGCCAAGGAGCUUAUUGCUGCCAACCCAGUCAUUGUCUUUGGUUUCUUCACCGACAAGGAAGCGGCUAAGGCUAAAGCUUUCCUUGGAAUUGCUGCUAUUGUUGAUGACCAAAUCUUUGCCAUCGUCCAAGAUGAGAAACUGGUGAAGGAGUUGGAGGCUGAGAACGAAGAUGUUGUUCUAUUUAAGAACUUCGAAGAGCCCCGUGUCAAGUACGAAGCGGAGAAAUUCGACGAGGACCUGUUCAAAUCAUGGGUGUUUGUCAACAGCAUGCCCACCAUUGUGGAGUUCUCCCACGAGACCGCUUCCAAGAUCUUCGGAGGACAGAUCAAAUACCACCUCCUUCUGUUCCUGUCCAAGAAAAAUGGUGAUUUCGACAAGUACCUGGAAGACCUGAAACCCGUUGCCAAGGCCUACCGCGACAGGAUCAUGACUGUGGCGAUCGAUACCGAUGAGGAUGACCACCAGAGGAUCCUGGAAUUCUUCGGCAUGAAGAAGGACGAAGUUCCAUCAGCGCGUCUCAUCGCCCUGGAACAAGACAUGGCCAAGUACAAGCCUCCCACCGACGAGAUCACAGCCAACAGCAUCGAGGAGUUCGUGCAAUCCUUCUUCGCCGGCACCCUGAAACAGCACCUGUUGAGCGAAGACCUGCCUUCGGACUGGAACGCCAAGCCUGUGAAAGUGCUCGUCGCCACCAACUUUGAUGAAGUGGUCUUCGACGAGGGCAAGAAGGUGCUGGUCGAGUUCUACGCACCUUGGUGCGGCCACUGCAAACAGCUCGCGCCCAUCUACGACAAGCUGGGCGAGCAUUUCGAGAAGGACGAUGACGUCAUCAUCGCCAAGAUGGACGCCACGGUCAACGAACUCGAGCACACCAAGAUCACGUCGUUCCCCACCAUCAAACUGUACACUAAGGACAAUCAGGUGCGCGAGUACAACGGUGAGAGGACGCUGGCCGGCCUCACCAAGUUCGUGGAGACUGACGGAGAAGCCGCCGAGGCCACACCUAGCGUGAGCGAAUUCGAAGAGGAGGAGGAGGCCCCAGCGAGGGACGAGUUAUAAGCUCAUCAACCCUUAUGACACUUCCAUAGCAUAGGCCUGUAUAGAUUAUAAUUUACUUUUAUACUUAAUCUACACUAUAAUGUUUGCAUUUCAUUCGCUAGACUGUUAUUUCUAAAACGUUGAGGUUGUACCAACUAUGUUAAGUCUUUGAUAUUCAGGUUAAUACUCUGUCUUCUUUCAUCAUUUCUCGUCAAUUUAUUUAUUCGGUAAACGCAUAAUUUAUUUGACGGACGGACAACAGCAUUACUUAGUUUGUGUACAAUGUAUUUAUAAUUUCUGUAUCAUAAUGGGAUAUCCUUACAUUCCUUAGUACAAGUUGUGUUACAUCGAACAAUGUUGUUGUAAGUUAUUUUUUUUUUAAUAAAAGUGAAUAUUAUAUUUUCAUCACAAACAGAUUCUAUUUAAGACUAAACCAAUGAUAUAUUUUUAUUUAAAUUUCGUAGAAUUUUAAGAAUUUAUUUCAAUGUGUUAAAAACUGUAACUGAUUUGUAUGAAAAUUUAUCUCAGUCCAUAUAUUUAUAUAAAUGUCAAUGUGUAAAUAUUGAUUGAAUUGCCAAACCUGCGUUGUGUAUCUAUUGUGGAUACAGAAAUUGAUAAAUAAAUAAUAAUAGAAAAUAUUUUUUUUUCUUUUAUGCCUUUCCCAAGUCAUUAAACAAAUAAUUUGGUUUUCAGAAAUUAAUAUUAAAUGUUAUUGGGACAUAGAAAAAGUAAAAGUCAUGUUUGCGUGAUAAUUAUUUUAUUAUCUUAAAUACAUACAACGAUUAUUACAACAUAACUUUUAAAUAACGUUAAGCUUGUUCACUUAAAUUAUCACAUUAAUACCAAAAGAACAUUUAAUUGAGACAAUCAUGGAAUGGUCCGAUUAACUUAUUAGCAUACACGUCACUUUGGUAUAGGGGUUAACACAGUAAGGUAACUUUUGUUACUGUAAACCUAUUUUUAGUAGCGGAUACCUCGCAUAAUUAGUUUUUUUUUAUCCACAAUAAUAAUUGCAAAAUAUUUACCACAAUUUCUGGAGAAUUAUAUAUUAGUAAGACGAGGGCUUAUUUAAAAAACUAGGCCAUAAUUAGUUAUUAUAUUCACAAAAUAUAAAAUAAUGUUAUAAAACAUACGCAGAAGGACCAACAACCGCCACUAAAAAUAAAUAGUACAGUGGACUUGGGACUUUUUUAUGGAACAAGGUAACUGCCAUAUUGUAAUCAGGAAAGAGAAAAUAUUAAUUUUGAGAAAAAAAUGUUUAUUUGAAUCCAUUAAUAGGUAUCAUUCAAUUUAACAUUCAUUUGAAAUAAUUGUUAAUUUUGUGUUUGUUUAUACAGUCCAGAACAUUGGUUUACACGAUUUCCAGCUGUUCUUCAUUCAUAUUGUUCCAUAUCUGAGGUCAAACCAACGCUGACUUGGCUGUAGUGUACAACCAUACACAAAACAUGCGAUUAAUAUACGCCUUUGACUGAGAUACAUCUACAUUAUAUAACUCAAUAUUUAAUUCCUGAUACAUUAAUACAUACAUCAUGUUUUGGGAACAUAUUUGUAGGGAAAUGUAGAAUUGGUAUUAGGGCAGGCAGUGGAUUUACGUUACAACAUUUGUAAUUAU